UCAUCUCUUGACUGUCAUAUCAAGGCCCCCUCUAGAGAAGCGGCUGCUCUUAUGUACUACCUACAGCAUGCUGCAGUAGUACCCAAGGGCAGAUUAUUGAGACUCAGGGUGACAGAGGAUAGUAAAGGAGAGGCAGUGGAAUAUCUUUCUGGCAUGCUGGAAAACUACCUGCCUGACCUCUGCUUGGACUUGUCAUUUAACAAUAAGUCUUUGCAGUACUGUCACAUAGGGGAUAAGUUUGACAAACUGGUCACUUUUUUUAGCAAAAAGUCCCUGGUAUACGAUCAUUAAUUCUGGAAAGAACAGGUCUUACUCGUUCAUCACUGCAGACACUGAGAGAUAUCCUGCCCAAACUAGCCAUGUUGGAGAAACUUAAUCUGUCAGACAAUCCAGGCAUUUGUGAAGAUGAGAUUACACUAUUGACAGGGUUAGGGUCUAACUUAAAUUUGACUGAUUUGAGACUCUGGGGAGUUGGGCUUGGAGAUGUUUCCCUACAAUUCUUGGUUGCUGUGCUGCAUCGUCUGUCCUGUCUGGAAAACUUGUAUUUAUCAAAAAACAACUUAGGAGCUACUGGAACACAGCCCUUUGGUGCCAUCCACCAGCCUAUUGUGAGCCUGAAAGUACUCAGGCUGUCUUGCAAUAAGAUAGGGGAUGUUUGUCUGAAAUCCCUUAUGCAUGUGCUUCAUCACUUAUCCCAUCUAGAGGAAUUGGAUCUACGUUACAACAACAUUGGAAAUGAAGGGAUGGAACCCUUUGCUGCUAUCCAGCAGCCUGUCAGACUACAGAACCUAUACCUGCAACAUAACAAGAUAGGGGAUGUUUGCUUGAAAUCUCUUGCAGGGGUGAUGCAUCAUCUAUCCUGUCUGAAACACCUGGAUCUAUCAAACAACAAUGUAAGAGAUGAAGGUAUGGAAGCCCUUAGCACCACCCUGCACCAUGCCCCCUGCAUGGAGGUUUUGAACCUGAAGGACAAUCCUGUAAUGGAAGUGGGCAUCAAAGGGUUUGCACAGACUAUCGGCAUAAUGCCUGCACUAAAGGAAAUGAAACUCAGCUCAGUACAGACUGUAAACCUGGAUGACACUGCUGCCAUGUCCAUCACCAGUAUGCUGACCAGGCUGCCAAUGUUAGAAUGCCUGCAUCUGCUUAACAUCUCCAUGUCAACUGCAGGGUUCCAAGCUUUGGCUGCAGGAAUGGAAGAACAUACAACAUUACAGACACUGGGGUUCGCCGAGCACUUGAUACCAGAGGGAGUUGAUACCAACAAAAUAGGCACCAAGAUUACUUUCCAGCUGUUCUCACAAGUUGGUGACGAAAAUAUGGUGUGAAAACCUACUCGGUAACUCAUUGUAUCAGAAGAAAAGACUCAAGGGCAGCAAGCUGCAACAUGAAUGAUGGUGCGGAACAGAGAAGAAGAUCCAGAAUUGUGACUAAUUCAAUCAUUCCAUCUAGCCUUGCUCCAACUGACAUACCGAGAUCUGUGGUUAUGAUGAAAUUGCAGCUUGGUCAUAAUCUGAUAACAAGUUUUAUCAUACAUAUCACUGAAUGUAACUGCAAGCGCAUGACCUUUUGAUGCAUAUUUGUGACAUAACAUGUACAUGUAGAAUGAGCUCUGUAGUAUACCAAGAAAACAGUAUCUUGUAGUAUGAGAAAAUAAACACACAACUCACAACUGCAAUGAAGAGAAGUAAACCUGAUUCUGUUAUCAGCACCCAUAUUGUACUUUCUCUCAUAGGUAGAUUUCACGUAUAGGUCAAUAAAAUCUUGGACUAGGAACAGUGGAAGCUAACAAUGUAUUUUACUUUAGACUAUUAAAGGCCUGAUUCACUGUUGUGGUUCCAUUCCAAAUAUAUCAUGUUAU